CAGUAUACAAGUCAGUCUGUUAAACGCUUCACACGUUCUUAGAUUUUACAUCCUUAUAAUGGAAGACAUUUAUGAAAAUUUUGAACCUGAAGAUCCUGUCUGCCAAUUUUCUGACUCAAAUCCACCAGCUUCCAUCAAGUCCAACAGGAGAUGCUAUCUCGGUGUUAUUACUUUCAUGGUGAUGCUGAGUGUUCUUCUUCUGGCUGGACUCAUCAUUGUCUGCCUCCUCUAUGGUGAUUCAGUAAGAAAUUUGUCAGAAAUCUUUGACAGCAAAGAAAAUUUGACUGAGCAACUGAAUGAUGUUAUUGAGACGAUGAAUUCCAGCCUCAUUGAAACAACCAAGAAGCUGAUGGACUGUAAACAGAGAAUACACGAAUGUCCUGCAAGAUGGAUUGGAUUUGGUUCCUCUUGUUACUUCUUCUCUUUGGAGUCUAAGUCCUGGGAUGAAGCAAGAAAGUCCUGCAAAGCCAAUGAAGCUGAUCUGGUGGUGAUAAACACUGUAGAGGAAAAGACUUUUCUUUUUGAAUUCAGAGAUAAACGUGUUUGGAUUGGACUGACUGACAAAGUCCAGGAGGGGACCUGGAUAUGGGUAGAUGGAAGUCCUCUGACUCUGCAGUUCUGGGAAUCAGGUAUGCCUGAUAGUUACAGGGACGAAGACUGUGUUGAAAUUAGAAAUACUCCUGGAUCCUGGAAUGAUCAGUCAUGUGAAGCUUCUCUGCAGUGGAUCUGUGAAAAAAAAGCACCUUUAUAUGUUUGAAAAUUACUAAUUAAUUAAGAUGUAUUUUGAUCUUUUUUUUACCUUUCAGAAAAAAUACCGGGUACUAGACCCUGCAAAAAAAUUGAUUCCUUUUCUAAGGUAAAAAAAUACUUGCAGCUCAAUUUGAAACUACUUUUAAAAAUGAUUCCUUACUACUACUACUUCCUUACUUUUUAUUAAAAAUGUAAUCAGUUCUUUUUUCAAUAUCUACUUUGUAUCUGAAGGUUAAUUUUUUUUUUGUUUUGAUAUUUUAUAGCCAAUCAAAUAAAUUCUUUUAUGCUUUUUUUGACUCCAGUUGAAUGAGAUUUCAACAUCAGUUGGUUUCUUACGGAGUUUUGGCUUCUGCUUAAUCUCACCUGUCAUACAACACCUACUUUCAUCUGUACAUCAUGGCUCAUACUUUGUGAGUUUCAUGUGGCGUCCCACAAUCUUCUGUCUCUGCAAAGCAUGUUGGAAUUUUUUAAAGGAAAUAACAUAAAAAUUGUUCAUUAUUC